AGCAUGUGAUGUGAUGUUAAACACAGUGAGCGCCACGUAUUGAAAGUCGUCGUCAAAGCGGUUGAUCGUUGAAAUUGAAAACCAGAGAAACGAAAUGAAAACAUAAACGACCAUGGAUGGUUCUUCUUCUUCUUCUUCUUCUUCUUCUUUAGAACUCGAAGAUGUAACAAACUUAUUCGAACCCAUUAAGCUAAAAGAUCUUCCUCAUCUCAACCACUACAUCUCAAACCUCAAAACCUUCCCAAAUCCACUUGAUCAAAAUCCUUACUUCCACACCCCCAACUCCAACUUCUACAUCACUAAUAACAACCUCGUUUUCUCUCACUCCACACGCUUCGCUUAUCGCACCGCUGGUCCUCGCAACAACGUCUUCUUCAACCCUUCUGAUGUAAGAGCUGCUAUUGUAACAUGCGGUGGUCUCUGUCCUGGACUUAACACCGUUAUUAGAGAGCUUGUUGUUGGUCUUUGGGAUCUCUACGGGGUUCGACAGAUUUUUGGUAUCACUGCUGGUUACAGAGGCUUUUAUUCUUCUUCUACUCAACCGGUUCAGCUUAACCCUAAUAUUGUUCACCAUUGGCAUACCAAAGGUGGUACUUUUCUUCAGACUUCUAGAGGCGGUUUUGAUCUAUGCAAGAUCGUUGAUGCCAUCCAAAAUCAAGCCUUCAAUCAGGUGUACAUUAUAGGUGGAGAUGGGACUAUGCGAGGGGCUGUGAAGAUAUUCAAUGAAAUAAAGCAACGUAAACUGAAUGUUGCAGUUGUUGGAAUUCCUAAAACAGUGGAUAAUGAUGUGGGAAUAAUUGACAGAUCUUUUGGAUUUCAAACAGCAGUUGAAAUGGCUCAGCAAGCAAUCAGUGCUGCUCAUGUGGAGGCCGAGAGUGCAGUUAACGGUAUAGGCCUUGUGAAGUUGAUGGGUCGAAGCACAGGUCACAUUGUUCUUCAUUCAACACUCAGCAGCCGUGACGUUGAUUGCUGCCUAAUCCCUGAACUAGAUUUUUACUUGGAAGGAAAAGGAGGGCUCUUUGAGUUUCUUGACCAACGACUGAAAGAAAAUGGUCAUGCAGUGCUUGUAGUUGCUGAGGGUGCUGGCCAGGAUAUAAUACCAAGAACAGAGUCACAUAAGGAAGAGCGAGAUGAAUCUGGUAACCCAGUUUUCUUAGAUGUUGGAGUGUGGUUAAAGUCAGAGCUGAACAAGUGGUGGGACAGGGACCAUCCUGGUGAGCUAUUUACAGUCAAGUAUAUAGAUCCUACAUACAUGAUUCGCGCAGUCCAUGCAAAUGCUACUGAUAAUUUGUAUUGUACACUCUUGGCGCACUCUGCAAUUCAUGGUGUUAUGGCUGGAUAUACUGGAUUUGUUGCUGCUCCUAUUAAUGGCAAUUAUGCAUACAUUCCACUUGAAGAUGUAGCAUGUGCAAAAAACCCAGUUAAUACAAAAGAUCAUAAUUGGUCAUGGGUGAGAUCAGUCACCAAUCAGCCUGAUUUUCUAAAGAGCUAGACAGGUACUGAGUGAAGAAGUUUUCAGAGAGUAUUCUUGGAACACAAACUCUGAAGGUAGAUCUUAUUCACAUGUUCUGAUGUCAACAGGUAAAAGAUGGAUGGAUGUACAUAAUAAUAAAUGAUGUAUGAAUUUGUAUCACAUGUAUAUAUAUAUAUAGUACUUUGUAACACAAGUUUUUAUGAUUGUCAAUAAAUCAACUCCCUUAAACUAAUGCUAGAAGGGUUGGGACAUCUGGGACCCCUAAUGCGUGUCUCCUUUUCAAAUUAGAAAUGGAAAUCAAUGACUUUAUUAUCCUCAAAA